AAUUUCAAUCAACAAAGUAAAAGGCUCUUGUUUAAAUUUAAAUAAAAAGAGAGUUCUUAUUCAAAGCCUGAAUCUGACGAAUAGUUUCUCUUCCACCGAACACAUCCAGGACCUGCAGCUAAAAGAUGGCUGUUUGGUUCAAAGCACCACCGUCAACAGAGAUCUACGCCUGUCUUUAGAUUGCACCACGGGUUCAUUCAAGUGCAAAGUGACCUUUCCAUGUGUAAUUCCCAGAGUACUGCUGACGUACUACUAUGUAUUAGCAGGUAUACAACCAACUCUCGGAAUGGUUACGGUUGAUGUCCACGACGGACCGAUUGAUUUGGUGUUGAACUUUGUCAGGGACAACAAUGACAAGUGUACAGUUCUGAAUGAACUAGACGACACUCUUUUGGCCAAAUACCGAGUGGAGAACUUUAAGGGUGGGAACAAUAAAGGGCAAUAUCAAUCUAGAGUUAAGACUUUGAUGGAAGACUUAGUACAAAAAGGCUGGCCAUAUUACUCAUACAAAGAAGAAGUCAAACGGUUCCUGAUCGAGAUCUUCAUAGAAUUUUACAAUCGAAAACACAACUUAUUUGAUCUGGACGGUCAACAACUGAGGUUAAAGCAAUACUGCAAGAGCUUGACCAUUCAACCAUCGAUUCCAACAGAGAAGCCAACGAUGGAACCACCGAUUCCAACGCCCAGUAUAGACCCAGUAAGUCUACCCCCGACAUGUAGAGAUGAAUACCUUUACAAUAGAACGCAAGAGUUUAACAUUAUCGAUCCAACACUUGUGCUCAAGUAUAUUGACAUGCCUAAUGAAUGUGUCAAUCCAUCGUGGAAAAGAGUUCUGAUCAAAGACCGCCAACUAUCUCCCUAUCCUCUACAUCAUUCUCAGUACAAAAAUAAUGGUGAUAGGGUAUAA